CCGUCACAGCUAGCGCUUGCCCAGGUCCCCCACCUUAUCAACAACAACUGUGCCCCUCCUGCCCCCGCUCGCCGCGAGAGCUCCCGUCCCGACGACCUUCCCUCCUGUAGCACUCUACAGUCUACACCAAGCAGCAGCGUCUCCUGUUGCAUGUUGCACUGCACCUAUCUACGACGUCCGUUCCCAGUGCUUUGCUCACCGACACCGUAUCUUAUGAGCAAGGAGCCCUGCUGCUCCCAUCACCUUCAUCAAGCCAAGCGUGUGUCCUCUGUCCUCUCCCAGCUGCGAGCUCCGACCCCCGGCACCAUGUCCGACAGCAGCGACUUCGCCGAGCUGCUAUGGGAGAACGGCCAGGCGGUGGUGCACGCGCGGACGAGGAAACACCCGCCCCAGCAGGCCGCCUUCCCGCCCUUCACCUUCACCUGCAGCAGCAGAGCUCAACAAAGGCAGCCGGUGCCGCCGCUGCUCAAGACGGGAGGAGGUCUCUUUGCCGACUUCUCCUCGGCCACCGCCGGCCUAGACGCCCCCCGUGACAACGCCGACCUCGACGACACCGUGCCGUGGAUCCACUACCCCAUCCCCAUCGUCGACGAAGCCAGUCCCGCCGCGCCUGCCCUGGCAGAUAGCUUCAUCCCAGAUUUCUUCUCGGAGCUGCAUGCGGCGGCGGCGACGACGAGCCUCGGCCCUCUGCCACCACCACCACCACCACCACCAGCAGUCCAGCACACCGGCGACGACAACGACAACCGGAGCACCCCGGUUCCCAAUCCCACCACCGGCAGAGGACCAGAGCCCUCAAAGGAAACCCACCGCGCACCAGUACCAGGUCCAGCCGGCAGGCCUGAGCCACAACCACAAGCUGAGCUCGCGCCCGCCAGGAAGCCUCGGCAGGAGAGCGGCGGCGGGGAGGCUUUGAUGAACUUCUCCAUCUUCUCUAGGCCGGCAGCCAUGGCGCGUGCCAGCCUGCGGCAGAGGCCGCCACAGACAGGCACCGACAAGGCGUCCAAUGCCACCACGAGCACCCGCGUGGAGUCGACGGUGCUACAGUCGGCCAGUGCCAGUGGGCCGAGAACUGCAGCUGCCCCCGCCGUGUUCGUGGACCAGAGGACGGCGUGGCCGUCGCAGCAGCCCAAGGAGGUGCGGUUUCCAUGCGCAGCAGCAGCGCCACCGCCGACGCCGACGGCUGGUAACCUGCAGCAAGAAAGACCUAGCAACAACAACAUGACUCCUCCGCAGAAAGAAGUAGAGACCAGGAAGGCGUCAGAGGCUGCGGGCGCCACCGCCACCUCAUCGGUCUGCUCCGGCAAUGGUGCUGGGACAGGAAAGGACGACGAGUCCUGGCGCCAACAGAAGAGGAAGACCCUGCAGGCCGAGUGUUCCGCGAGUCAAGAUGAUGAUCCUGACGAUGAGUCCGGUGGGAUGAGAAGAUCGUGCAGCAGAGGUGCGAAGCGCAGCCGCACCGCGGAGGUGCACAACCUGUCCGAAAGGAGGAGAAGGGACAGGAUCAAUGAAAAAAUGCGUGCCCUGCAAGAGCUCAUCCCCAACUGCAACAAGAUUGACAAGGCCUCCAUGCUGGACGAAGCGAUCGAGUACCUCAAAACCCUCCAGCUUCAAGUGCAGAUGAUGUCCAUGGGAAGUGGGCUGUGCAUUCCUCCCAUGCUGCUGCCACCAGCCAUGCAGCACCUGCAGAUUCCUCCGGCUGCUGCUCACUUCCCUCAUCUCGGCAUGGGAUUGGGUUACGGGAUGGGUGUCCUCGAUAUGAACAGCGCGGCGGCGGCGGCGGCGGCGGUUCCAUUUCCGCACAUGCCCGGUGCUCACUUCCCUUGCCCGAUGAUCCCAGGCGCGCCACUACCACGGGGUCUCGGAAUCGGAAUGCCUGCCAGAAACACGAUGCCGGUGUUCGGAGUCCCUCCUGGGCAACCAAUCCAGCCACCAUUCCCAUCUUUGGCGGGCCUUCCUGUCAGGCCAAACCUGGCACCUCCUCACGCCUCCUCAGCCGCCAUGGCUAACAUGGUGCAGGAGCAACAGCAGCAGCAGCAGCAUCAGAGCCUGAAUAAUGGAGCAUCAACAGCAGCAGCAACAGCAUCAGAUCCUCAGACUAUCGUGCAGGCUGAGAGACAGCAUUUUAGUGUGCCCUCUUCAGCACAAACCGAGAGCGAUCAGUUUUUGGAUGGUGGUGGCAACAGGGCUAUUUGUACAGGAAGAAAUGAGGCUGAAACAUGAAAAACACUCAGCAGGUCUCGACUAACAGGCUGCAGAUGUGAAUAUCAGCGCCAACUCAUCCUGGAAAAGAGCCUAACGAGUUUCAAGAUCCACGAAGCAGAUCCGUCAGUUGAAAAGAGUCCAAUCAAUCAAGACAGGGCCAUGACAGGACGUCUAGCUUUAGCGAGCUAAGAUGCUCCUAAGUUUUGUGUCAAAUGUAGAUGGUAGAUGGAACCUGGUUACAAGAAACAUUUCUUGGCAGCCGGUGCUUUUUUUCUUUUUUUUUGGGAUUCACUGAAGUUUUCUUGGAUCAGUAUGUCUUAUUUCCUCAGGC